ACGUAGAGAUUUUGUAUAACUUGAAUUUCCCAAAACCUUGGAACGCAAUUCACGUUAAUUUCUGCUUAGCUCAAAAUAUCUAUAUUUCUCAAUUACAUGAAGAAAAAAUAAAGAGAUGAGAAAUAAUAAUUGCAGUAAACUUCUAUGGCUGUAGCAGCAUUGUUGUUUUAGGCCCAAUGGCCUGGACCUAACCUAGGUACUAGUAAGUUUCGAGGGGUUACUUGGUAUGAGCCAAGAACACUAUAAAGGAAGAUUGUACCACCGAGAAGAAAACCUACCUGUUCAAGAAAACCAUACUUUUGAUUAAUUUUUGUUCUUGUCCCCUUGUUUAAGGAAAGUCUCGGACAAAAGUGGUUUCAGGAUGUCAAUCUCUUCUUUGGUUUUGCAAUCGCAUACUUUGCUUCCCCAAGAGGUAAUUAAGAUUUAGAAGGUUUGCUUGGCAAGAUCUUCAAAGGCACUCUGUUCCUGGUCAAAGCAAGCAAUACAAGAUAAAAGGACAACCAGUUGAUCAAGAAAUGGACUUACAGAACUUCCUUUUGGAGCUUGAAACCCUGAUUGACAAAUAUUUAAAGUGUAACACAAACACCAAAGAGAAUAUGAAAUUUCUCGAGAGAAGUUUACAAGAGCUAAAUAACCAAAAGGAAGGUAUAGAUCAGAAAAUUUAUGCCGAGUAUCUUUCAGGAACACAAGAAAAAGAAGAAGUCAGAAACUGGUUAAACAAUGUUCAAUCAAUCAACAGUGAAAUACAAAGUAUUAAGGAAGAGCUUGGAAGAAAGAAAUAUCUAUCGUGUGAAGAUCUUGGAAAACUUGUUGACAAAAAGAUAGUAGAAGCUCAGGAACUCCUGCAGAAAGGUAGUUACCACAGAGGGAUCAUCGAUAAGAAGAAUUUUAAGUACAUCAUCCUUGGUGGUGGUGUUGCAGCUGGAUAUGCAGCAAUGGAGUUUACCAGACAAGGACUCCAGCCAGGGGAGCUAGCAAUUAUUUCCAAAGAAGCUGUAGCACCUUAUGAACGUCCUGCACUUAGUAAGUCAUAUCUAUUCCCAAAUGAACCUGCAAGACUUCCAAGUUUCCAUGUCUGUGCUGGAAGUGGAGGAGAGAGACUACUUCCGAAGUGGUACGAGGAAAAAGGGAUUGAAUUGAUCCUUGGAACAGAAAUAGUAAAAGCAAAUCUUGCAUCAAAGACUCUCAUCAGUGCAUCUGGAAAAAUCUAUGCAUAUCAAAUUUUGAUCAUUGCAACUGGUUCCACAGCAGUUAAGUUGACAGAUUUCGGUGUACAAGGAGCGGAUGCCAAAAAUAUCUGUUACUUGAGAGAAAUAAGUGAUGCUGAUAAGCUUGUAGAAACAAUUAAAACAAAGCAGAAAGGAAAGGCAGUAGUGAUUGGAGCUGGAUACAUCGGCCUUGAAGUUGGAGCAGCUAUGACAAUCAACGAGUUCGAUGUUAGCAUGGUAUACCCUGAACCAUGGUGCAUGGCUGGGCUUUUCACUCCGGCCAUUGCUUCUUUCUAUGAGGGCUACUACGCUAACAAAGGAGUUAAAAUUAUCAAAGGUACAGUUGCAGUUGGAUUUGAGGCUGACUCUAAUGGACAAGUAAAGACGGUGAAACUGAAGAAUGGUGAGGUGCUACAAGCCGACAUUGUUGUUGUAGGUGUUGGGGGAAGUCCGGUAACUGCAUUAUUCAAAGGACAGGUUGAGGAGGAAAAAGGUGGUAUCAAAACUGAUGGUUUCUUCAGAACAAGCGUCCAAGAAGUGUAUGCUGUUGGAGAUGUAGCUACUUUCCCUAUGAAAUUGUACAGUGACAUGAGAAGAGUUGAACAUGUUGAUCAUGCUCGUAAAUCAGCACAGCAAGCUGUGAAGGCUAUCAAGGCAAGUGAAGAUGGUAAAUCCAUUCAGGAGUAUGACUACCUUCCUUUCUUCUAUUCGCGUUUCUUCGAUCUUUCAUGGGUUUUUUAUGGAGACAAUGUUGGAGAACCAGUGUUGUUUCAGGAUAUUCAAGAUAAUUCCACCACCAGGCCAUCAUCUACAAAACCCAAGUUUGGAACAUAUUGGAUCCACAAUGGAAAGGUGGUUGGAGCUUUCUUGGAAGGAGGAACUGCUGAAGAAAACAAAGGAAUUGCCAAUAUUGCAUGGCUCCAACCUGAGGCUAAGGAAGAUCUACUUGAGAAAAUUGGGAUGCUAAUUGCUGGUUUGUAUGGCUCAGAUAAGCCUCUGUCUUGCAGUAUAAUUUGAGAGUAGUAGUAAUUAAUAUUUAUUCUACUUUUCAGAAUUGCUGAUUACUCUCCAAUGUAUUUAUGAAGAUAUAUUGUACCUAUAAAGUCUGUACUCGUAUGCUAAAAUGUCCAAUAAAAUACAAUUGUUUUAUUUU